GCCCCGCCCUCGCCACUGCGCAGGUGCAACAAAGUCGGGUUGGUCUACCGUUUAGUCAAGUCAAACUGCUGUGUUGCUGUGUGACUAUUCGUGUGUGGUUAACCCGACGCUAAACAUCUCCCUAGGAAAUUUCCCUGACUGUCACCGUGCACAGAUAAUUUCGAGAUAAGAUGGCUAAACUGGAGGGCUGCGCUAACUGCGCCAAGAUCUUGCUGAUCGUCUUCAACAUCAUCUUCUUUAUCGUUGGCAUUGCUCUGCUAGCGGUGGGGAUAUGGGUCGUGACCAGCCCCUACAAUCUUGACAUCUUGGCCAUCCUUGACAACCCGAUCCUCGAGAGCGGCGCCUACCUCAUCAUCGCCUUAGGAGCUUUCAUCUUCGUGGUCAGUUUCUUGGGCUGCUGCGGAGCGUGGAUGGAGAACAGGCUCAUGCUCAUCAUUUAUUUCAUCAUCGUGCUGUUGAUCUUCAUUGCACAGCUCAUCGGAUGCGCCGUGAUCAUUGCGUACAAAGACAAGGUGGAUGAAUUUGUGACGAACAAUCUUCGCAAGACGAUGAACAUGUACAAGGGAGAGCAAAACGAAGACAAGUACAGCGUGGGUUGGAACGCCCUGCAGGUUUUGUUGGAGUGCUGCGGUACCAACAACUACACGGACUGGAUGGAGACCCCCUGGUACGGCAACAACACGAAUAUUAUGGUUGGUGGGCAAUCUCUCAAACCGGAAUGGCCGGCGACUUGCUGCAAGGUGGACAACAACCUCGCACCUGUCACCGAUGGCGGUUUCCCAAUGCCGACCAACCUGACCUACUGCUACGGCGUGGGCGUGUCGGAGAUGAUGCGCAACGAGUAUCUCAACACCGAGGGCUGUUACAUGGCGUUCGAGGAUUGGGUCAAGAGUCGCGCCCUCUAUAUCGGUGGCGUUGGUCUCGGCUUGGCUUUCUUGGAGAUUUUCUCCAUGGUGUUCGCCAUCUGUGUCUGCAGGGGUGUUGGCAAGUCGGAAGAUUAGACGAGAGAAAGAAAACCAAGAUGGCGACUUAGCAACCAUGACGUCAUUUCACAAAGCUGCUUCAACUGGCCAUUUAACGUUCCUGCCCAAAUUUGAAAGAACAAUAAAAAGUUUUUUAAAAUAGCUAAAAGACUUUUGGAAACUGAAAAAAACCGUAACAAUUCUAAAUUUACAAAUCUUUUCACGCUUGGCAGCUUUUUGAAGCGAUUUUCAUAUUAUGAAUAAAUUAUUAUUUUUCAUUUAAGAGUUUAUAGUGCCAUGACCAAUCACGUCGAGUUGUGAUGUUUACAAAGUCACGCCCUUGUUUUCAGGGGACGUGAACUCGGAGCUAAAACCUAACCCCUUCAUCACAUAAGAACAUGAGUUACCAGACUUAGGCCUGCCCUAUUUGGCGCAUGCUUAUCUUGGGGGAAAAUACGGUCACGCGAAAACAAGAGUGAUUGGAGCGCAGAAAUAUUUAAAUAUCAUCUCAAAUUUGAAAUGUUUUGAGGCUGCUGUAAAGAAGUUUCUCUCAAUAUAAAUAGGACGUUUUCAAUUUUGUAUCGAUUUUUAUGACUACCAUCUCGGGUAAAUGGUGUUAGACAUGACAACAUGACUUUUCAACGGUAUGUCGAUUUCUUAUAGCGUUAAUAACGAAGCUCGCCAUCAGCAAGAGUGUUUGAAAAUUUUAAUUCACUGAAGUGCGUUAUGCUGGGAGGUUCCAUUAUCUUGAAGGUGGGGAGCUUCACUCUAAAAUGGGUACUUAGAAGAAAAAAAUCCAUUUCUGUAUGUGUGAUAUUUGAUCAUAUUUAGAGGCUUAUUUUUAAACAUCUAUAUAUUCUUGUCACUGUAUUUUAAUAAAGAACAAUUUUGUCAUCAAAUGUAAGAGGCUUUGUACAAAGAAACAAUGAUACAUUGAUUUGAAGUCCUGAGAAACUGAUCGAACAAAUUUAAAUAUUCAAAACUCUUUGAAUACAAUUAUUCAAAACUUCUAUGAAAAUCAUGAAUAUUUAUACUCAAAUGAAUAUUCAGGAUCCAGGAGCCAUUCAAGGAGUGUCUUGUUUCUUGUUUUUCGUUGCAUAAAUUAAGCACCAACAUUUAAGGAUAUCAAUGUAAAUUGAACAAAAUUUGAGAAAUCUGAACAAAAUUUGAGCUCUUCAUAGGUUAAAGUGCUUUAUAAACUCGAUAGUGUGAUAUAAUGCAUGCUUAAAAUGUCGAAAAGCGUCGCUUUUAUUGUGGUAUGCCUAUUUUUACAUUUUAAAAUUUGUACAUAAUCUUUUGAAUGCAUGUUAUGCAAGGAGGCCGAGGGUUUCUAGAAUAUGGAUUUUUUGGGUCAAAAUAUACUAAGGGUUCAUGUCUGUAUAUUUCAUCUAUUCAUUAAUUUUACCAUAGACGUCUCAAUCUGAAAUUAUCUUGUUUUAGCUAUAGUGGUUGUAAUAAAAUAAACGACUUCUGGUAUAAAUUAAA